CAAGUUUCACUCUUCAGUGUCCCUGAUUUAUUCCAUACACAAUCAAAAUCUGAAGUGUAGUAAGAUUUUCAAAAGGGCGAAAAAGGCAAAUUCUCUUGAUUAUGGCAGAAAAAAAUAGUUCGAACGAUGGACAGUACUUCCUUCAAUCGAAACAUUUUAUCGAUUUUAGACAGAACGAAACGGACACAGUGGAUUCGGCUAUGGAUGUAGCUACCAGGCAAAGUGCAUCCACCAAAAAGAAGAUACAUAUCCACCAAGGACUAGGAUCUAGAAAAACGUCAAAGAAUAUUAAACGGAAAAUGUCGAAAGCUAGUCAAGACCUGAAAAGAACUUCUAAAACUGCCGCGAAACCACAGAAGCAAAGGUUAUCACAGAGUUUUAAAAAAAGAAAUAUUCCGGAAAAAAAAUUUGACAAGUUCCCGCAGGCGGGAGUUUCCCGAAAGCAGGAUGGCAAAUUCCGAACCAUAACUAUCAAAAAGGAAGCACAAUGUCGUCUGCGAACUGCCUUAAAAUUACUGGAUAUCCUUGAAGGGAAAUAUGAUGACAGUGAUAGAGAAUGUUCGUUGGAUUCUAAAUCCUUACAUGGUUCAGUAAAAAGAAAUACCCGUCGAUUGCAGACUAUGCAGGAUCUCCCACCCAGGGAUUUCUUUGGUCUUUGCAGGGAUUGCCGAUCACGAUGCAGAAAUUGUGGCAGACGUCCUUCGGCUGUCCUUAUGGCAAGACGUAAAAGAUAUUCAUAAGGAAAAUUAAGACUUUGAUAUGUCACAAAAUGAAUGAUAAGCCCGUAGAAGUCGUAUCUCUAAAUUUGGUUGUCCUAAUAAGUUUAUAGCAAAUAUAUAGCUUUUCCCUACAAAGU